AUGGCCGGUGGUAAAAAAAAGGAGGUCAAGAAAGAGACCGGGUUAGGUCUCUCUUUCAAAAAGGAAGAGAAUUUUGGGGAAUGGUAUUCAGAGGUGGUUGUGAAUGGGGAGAUGAUCGAAUAUUAUGACAUUUCUGGCUGUUAUAUUCUGAGGCCAUGGGCAAUGUCAAUAUGGGAAAUUAUGCAAGUAUUCUUUGAUGCGGAAAUCAAGAAAAUGAAAAUUAAGAAUUGCUACUUCCCUCUUUUUGUUUCAUCUAGUGUUUUGGAAAAGGAAAAGGAUCAUGUCGAGGGCUUUGCUCCAGAGGUUGCUUGGGUGACAAAAUCAGGAAAAUCUGACUUGGAGAUUCCUAUCGCCAUCCGUCCAACUAGUGAGACUGCUAUGUAUCCCUAUUUUUCGAAGUGGAUUAGGGGACACCGUGACCUGCCCUUGAAACUCAACCAAUGGUGCAAUGUUGUUCGUUGGGAGUUCAGCAAUCCUACGCCAUUCAUCCGGAGCCGUGAGUUCCUUUGGCAGGAAGGGCACACUGCUUUUGCAACAAAGCAAGAAUCAGAUGAAGAGGUCAUUCAAAUAUUGGAACUGUACAGACGCAUAUACGAAGAAUUCUUGGCUGUUCCUGUUAUAAAGGGUAAGAAAAGUGAGAUGGAAAAGUUUGCUGGUGGACUUUACACAACUAGUGUUGAGGCAUUUAUUCCCAACACUGGACGUGGUAUCCAAGGUGCAACUUCUCAUUGUUUGGGCCAAAAUUUUGCAAAGAUGUUUGAAAUAAACUUUGAAAAUGAGAAGGGGGAGAAGGGAAUGGUCUGGCAGAACUCUUGGGCCUAUAGUACUCGAACGAUAGGAGUCAUGGUGAUGGUUCAUGGAGAUGACAAAGGCUUGGUGAUGCCACCCAAAGUGUCAUCUGUCCAAGUUAUUGUGGUUCCUGUGCCUUUUAAAGAUGCUAAUACUCAAGGAAUCUUUGAUGCCUGUGCUGCGACUGUGGAUAUUUUGUGUGAAGCAGGUAUUCGUGCUGAGGCUGACUAUAGAGAGAAUUACUCACCUGGUUGGAAGUACUCUCACUGGGAAAUGAAAGGUGUUCCUCUAAGGAUUGAAAUAGGGCCCAAAGAUCUGGCAAAUAAUCAGGUACGUGCAGUUCGCCGUGACAAUGCAGCAAAAGUGGAUAUCAGGCGUGACAAUUUGGUGGAGAAAGUAAAAGAUAUGAUGGAUAAUAUUCAACAGAGCUUGUUUGAUGCUGCCAAACAAAAGCGAGAUGCUUGCAUUCAAGUUGCAAAAACUUGGGAUGAAUUCAAGGAAGCUCUCAGUCAAAGGAAAAUGAUCUUAGCUCCUUGGUGUGAUGAAGAGGAGGUGGAAAAGGAUGUGAAAGAACGAACAAGAGGCGAAAUGGGAGCAGCCAAGAGUCUUUGUUCACCAUUUGACCAGCCUGAGCUCCCUGAAGGUACUAUAUGCUUUGCUUCUGGAAAGCCAGCAAAAAAAUGGACCUACUGGGGCAGGAGUUACUAG